UCUUCUCUUGCAAUCAAGGCAUCAUUCUUCUUGUCUCACUCAAUGGAAAGGAAAGCAAUGCAUUUGAAACGGCGCUGCAACACAGAGGAGUUUGUAUUGCAAGAAAAGUAGUAGGGGCCUGCGCUGGAGCUCAUUCACCGCGCGCGUUGCGUCUUUCUUUCAGUUAGUUUGUUAGUUAGUCUGAAUCAGUGUUCGGUGUCGGACGCAUUUCUUACCUUAUGUCGGUGCGGCCGGCAUGCGUCGCGUGCUCGUGCUGGUGGCCGCCUUUUUCGCGGCCGCGGAAGCCGCCUCCGUGCUGCCCUACGUGAUUCUGACGCCCGACUACGGCCCCCAGCGCCGCAACGACGGACCCGAGCCGGACAAAAUCAUGGUGGCGUGGCCGUCGGGGGUGCGACUGCCCUCCAGGCAAGUGCCCUUAAGGUUCGUGGCCGCCAUGGCUGUGCCUGUCAACACGGACCCUCUUCUCACGCAAAAGGAACUGUCCGAAGUUGUCUACUACAGCAGCAUGGACCUACGAAAGCUGAACAACACCCGAGGCUCCAAAGAUGCGAGGAAUCCUCAAUCUGGGACGGAGUAUUACUUGGAGGAAACUGGAGAUGACGAUGAAGAGGACGACGAGUAUUAUUACGAAGAUACAACAACAAACAUCCCCUCGACGGUCACCCCUUUCCCUUUCGUCACAGCAUCAAAAACCCUCUUAACUUCAACAGUGGCGCCGACCCCAAAGAGCACCACCAUCCCUCCCUCUCCAACCACCCCUCCUACCAGAAGCACCACCCCCCGAAUCCGUCCGACCACAGCACCGUUCCUUCCAACCGUGCCCACGGAGGACGUGAGGGAAAUCUGGACGACGUCCGCGAGUGCAACUACCGCCGUCCGGAGGGCCUGGACGCCCAACCAGACUGCCCGUCGAGAAGACGAGUGGUCGUUGGAGGCGGAAAGCGUGGCCUACAUCGUGGUGGGCACUUGUUGCGGCCUUUCGGUGCUCACUCUGGCCAUCGUCCUGCUGGUAUUUAAGAUGCGUCGGUCGCCCCAACCGCCCCGGACGGAGUCCACGUCGGACGUUUCCUCCGAAAGGUCGGUCGGCGAGUCGUCCCUGCACCUUCCGCAGCGGCUAAUCAACCUGAUGAAUUCUCACUCGCAAAGUGCGUCAACCCACAAGUUGGGUUCGUGGUUCAACGGCCGUCCGACGGCGCUGUCCAUCCACGGACAAGGCAUGGCCUUCCCCAAUACACGCGUCCACAACGCCAGUCUCAAUAUGGACGCCCCUGAAUUUGAGGAAUUCCAGGUGGGAAAUGACGUGUCGAUGGAUAGGCCGGACAGCCUGUCCGGGUCACACAUCGAGGACGACUCGCUGCAGAGGCGGAACGUGCACGUGGAGGAGUUGUUGGAAGAGUUGGACGAGGCGGGCAGCAGCAGUUCAGCGCACUCGUCGCGCCACAACACGUUUAUCUUCUGGUCUUCAAAUAGUGACCGGCUCGUAUGACUAGACGGGAAGAGUGACGAUUUUUUGUGGUGAACAAACAUUUAAGAAAACCGGACAGCGCGAAGCCAGUUUUGCUGCAGAGAUUUGCUCAUUAAAAUUCACUGAAAAAAAUGCAUCUUCCGUUCCGUGAGAAAGUGACAAUUUCAUCAGUUUCAAAAGAAAGUUACCAAAAAUUACAAACAAAUUUAAUUUUAAUUCCUUCUAGAUAUACCUUUUUUAAAUUAACUUAUUAUUUAUGAUAAUUCAAUUCAUUGAAAAUAAGUCAUGGCUAAAGAGAAUCAGAAAAGUUAUAUUCACAUAUUAAAUUAAAAUAAUAACCCUUUUUAUCUUGCUUAUCACUUAAAAAAAAAAAAUUUUAUUUUCUAUCUUUGAUUUUGUUAAGCAGCGUAUAUCAGCGCAUCAGUUUCUCAUUGUUAUAGUAAAAGGAAAAUAUUUUUAAUUCCCAUUAUUAUGAAGGACUAAUUCAGAUUAAUCAAGCCAAAAAUUGUAAAAAAAAAAUUAUAAAUACGUCAUUUUUACUUCUAAUUUGGAAAUAAGUGUUUUGGUUGCAGUAGAAUCUCUUCAAUUAAUCCAGAAGUUAAUCUACUUCCUAUAAUUGUACAUACUUUUAAAAUCUGAAUUUCUAUCAUAACUUUGAGAAAAUUAGCAACAAAAAAAAUAAGGAAACAAAAUUAAAAUUUAUCCUUGGAAAAUCAUUUGCAGUCGGCGCGUUUAUAAAAAAAAAUAUAUGAUAUGCAAAUGAAAUCCACACCAUAAUUACUUCCCAAAUACUAUGGUCUACAGAUAUGUUCAACGCAACUUUCAUUUAUCAUGAUCUCGUUGACUGCGGUGCAAAAAAUUUUAAGCAGAUUUAUAAACCAGCAUAUAUUUUUUUUUUCUUUAAUUUGGGAGAGUUUCACUGUGAAGGCAAAAAUUGUGUACACGACUUUUUAGUAAUUAUUGUAUCUGCAACAAAAAUUGCAAUUCCGCCUUGAGAGUUGUAUAUAUGCGCUUCGUUUGCUUUUAAUUACAUACCGGCUGACACACGCUUUGCUCUUUAUAUUUCUCGCAGAUAACAUCUUUCCCCUUUGUGCGCGACGAGCCAGUUUUUGCGCAUCCGUAACUGUUAAUGGUAUAAUAACGCUUCAAGUAUUAUAUUUAUUUCGCUCGUCUUUUGAGAAUGUACAAACCGGAGCAUAAGGCGCGUCUCGAUCGUGCACCCAAAAAUCACAAUCAGCAGGAAAAGUAGAGCGCAAAAGCGUCAAAAUUUACUGCUUACAGUUACAAAACCCUAAUUUGACUAUUCUCCAAACACGCAAUCCAUCAUUUUGAUAAAAUUUCUUAUUAUAUCAUUAACUUUUCAAAGUUUCAAUAAGUAGAAAAGCUUAGUAAAAUAAAAACUAUAAUUAACUUUGAAAACGAAUCAAUUAACUCAAAAUUUUUAUUUUCAUUUAAUUAAUUUGAAUUAAAAAAUAUCUUUUUUUAAUAUUUUAAAAUACAUUAUUAGAAAGAAUUGCUCUAAUAUCAUGAUGAAAUGCGCCAUGAUUAAUAUAUCCACAAAGAGCCUAUUUUCUACUUCUUGAAUAUCUGGAAUAAAUUCUAUUGUUUUUCUGUUUUAACAAGUAAAUAAGAAUUGUCAUUAUUACGUAUUAUUCGUAUUAAUAUUCAAAAAGUUUGCAUUGUUUCUUUUCAGUCGUAAUCAAAUAUUUUAUUUAAAUUUUGUCGCUUUUAUUUAUUAUGAUCAAAUCAACAUAAUUUACAAAAACAGUUCCAUAUCACAUUCAUAAGUACCACAUAAAUAUUUUUACUGAACACAUCUCGUGCAUUAGAAUUAAACUGUAUAAUUAUUAAAAGUGCCACUGUGUGAGAAUAUCAGCGUGUGAUUUCUCUGAUGAUGGACGAGUGUAUCUGUGAUCCUCAUAAAGGAGGACGAGUGAAAGGAAUCGCAGGCAGACGCGACGUGUUUAUAGGACUGCCGAAGAGGAAAGUUGAUUAUGACGUGUGGUGGCGCGAGCCAUAAUAAUCUGCAUAAAAAACGCACGCACAUCGACGACAUGCAUGGAUGGACAAAAAGUGAAAAACGAUGAGGUUUUGUGAAGAGACUCGUUAACUUUGUGAAAACACGUCGAUUUCCAUAAAUAAAUAAAAAAUACAAU